GCUGCCCGGCGGCGGGCAAGUCGCGGCAGCGGCGGGCGGGGCUGGCGGGUUGGAUGCGUCGCGGGCAGACGAGGAGGCAGCGCGGAGCGGGCCCGGUGGAGCCCCAGGCAGGCGGCGGCCCGGCGCCAUGGCCGGGGACAGCGAGCAGACGCUGCAGAGCCCGCAGCAGCAGGGCGGCGGACCCUUUCUCAUCGGCGUCAGCGGAGGCACGGCAAGCGGCAAGUCUUCCGUCUGUGCAAAGAUUGUGCAGCUCCUGGGACAGAACGAGGUGGACUGUCACCAGAAGCAGGUAGUCAUCCUGAGCCAGGACAGCUUCUACCGUGUCCUCACCUCUGAGCAGAAGGCCAAAGCCCUUAAGGGCCAGUUCAACUUUGAUCACCCAGAUGCCUUUGACAAUGAACUUAUCUUCAUGACACUCAAAGAAAUCAUGGAAGGGAAGACGGUGCAGAUCCCUGUGUAUGACUUUGUCUCUCAUUCUCGGAAGGAAGAGACUGUCACCGUGUACCCCGCCGACGUGGUGCUCUUUGAGGGAAUCCUAGCCUUCUACUCCCAGGAGGUGCGAGACCUGUUCCAGAUGAAGCUCUUUGUGGACACAGAUGCUGAUACCCGGCUGUCCCGCAGAGUGUUAAGGGACAUCAGUGAAAGAGGGAGGGACCUGGAGCAGAUCUUAUCUCAGUACAUCACUUUUGUCAAGCCUGCCUUUGAAGAAUUCUGCUUGCCAACAAAGAAAUAUGCUGAUGUAAUCAUUCCAAGAGGUGCAGAUAAUUUAGUGGCCAUCAACCUCAUUGUGCAGCACAUCCAGGACUUCCUGAAUGGGGGGCUCUCCAAGCGGCAUACCAACGGCUAUCUCAAUGGCUAUACCCCUUCCCGCAAGCGGCAGUCAUCUGAGUCUAGCAGUCGGCCCCAUUGACCCAGCCUGCAACACCUCCUCUGCUGGGAGCCGCUGCCCCUUGUACAUAUGCUUCACAGCCUCGCUGUAUUUAAGAGAACACCGUGGAAAUGAAAUGCCUUUGGAUUCCAUUCCUUUCCUUUCCUUUCCUUUCCUUUCCUUUUCUUUUCUUUUCUUUUCUUUUCUUUUCUUUUCUUUUCUUUUCUUUUCUUUUCUUUUCUUUCUUCCUCCCUCCCUCCUUCCCUUCCUUUCUUCCUUUCUUUCUUUCUUUCUUUUUCUUUUUUUCUUUUUUGGACUGGGGACAGCAGCAGGAGACAGAAUGUGACUCUUGAAUUGAAAUCACAAACUGUGCCAACUACAACUGGUGAUGCCUAAUCAAUGACAAAUGCGCCGUGUAACCCAUUAUAAAUACAUAUGUAGAGAGCAGAGGAUCUAUUUUUGUGCCGAUGUACAAAUGCUGUAUAGCUGUUUGCCGUAAGUAUUUUGCCGGGGCUGGUGGCGGGGUGGGACAGAGAGAUGGUAAGGAGGGCCUGGGCUGAAUGAUGGGGGACCUGGAGCCAGAGGGUUAGAAAGGGCUAUGAAUGUGGUGUUGCUGGCAGGCCUCAGAACCCAGUGGCAGUGGAGUGUGAAGCCUCUGGGAAUCCUUCUGUUAUGUGCCACUUGUAACUAGAGAUGAACCACAUGCCCAAGACAGCUUCUUUUUUUCUCCUUUUUUUCCUUUGAGUUGAAAUAAGGCCUCAGCUCCAAAAUCCAACUCAGGGAAGAGGCCCCGUGUGCAGAAGAACCUGGUGUGGUCCCUUUCUUCACACUAUCUUUGCUCUGCCACACCCACUUCUAUCUUCCCAGAAGUCAGUGAUGCCUCCUUCCCUGCUGGGGAUUAGAGUGUGAGACUCCUUUCUGCAAGAACAAGGAAGGAGGCUGGGACCUCCGCUGCCUUUGCCGUCAUAUCCCCUCCACUUGGUUCAGACACCCCUGCUCAGAUUCCUAGGACUUAUCCUUGAUCAUGGCAAACACGGGGCAUUGCAGUGACCACCUGCAUCCCUCACAGGGGGCUUUGGGGAGCAAGCAAGGACCCCACCAAUGCUCCCUGAGGAUUUGGUGGCUGCAGGGCACCUUAUUGAGACAGGAAAAGGAUAAGCACCUGGAAUUCCUACUUUGAGGAGGCUUCCUGUGGGGAGUGGGACUGGACUAUGGGUUCCUACUUUCCCAGUGGUAUUUGCUUUUAGUGGGGAAAGAGCUUGGCUUUGACUUUAAUGGGGGCCAUCAUGUCAUCUUGUCUGUGUGUGGGGGGUGGGGUGGGUGAGGUGGGAUGGGGAGGUUCUUCUGUUGGAAGCUUCACCCCAGCUCUUUCGCUAGCAACUGAUUUCCCUACUGUCUCUCUCCUCCCCCAACUCAGUGCUAUCCUAGUAGGUCCCUCCUUCUGGACUCCACCCAUCAAUCUCUACUACUGUUUCCCUUGCAGGGCUUCCUGUCCCCUAGUUUGUGAUGGGAGGUGGGCUACAAAGGGGCCUCCCCAAACCUCCCCUGUUCAGAAGGUGCAGAUUCAUGGGGCAGUGACUUCCAGGGGGAUCAAGGUUAGUCCCCUCUCCCAUCUUGACCUGGAGAGGAGGUGGCCUGGCCCCGGUCCUGAGGACCCCUGGACAUGUGGCCUGAGGGGGCUUAUCUGCUCAGGGGGCCCCCAGAUUCUACCUGGGGGACCUGUGGGUAGACUUACACUUACUUGAAGCUCUAGGUGCCAAACCACUUAGUGCCUUGGCCUUCUCUGUCCCACUGCCCCAGUAGAGGGGGCUACUCCCUCCUGCCCUUAGCUUAACUAAGACCUCACCUUGUCCCCUGCAGUGUUGGAGCCAAGACCCCAGAGUCGCUGGGUGUUCUGCCUUAGCUUGGAAGCAGUGGCAGGGCUGGGGCAUCUUCUUGGAGGAGCCCCACCACCAUGCUGGCUCGGGAGGUAGAGGCUAGGCACUGGGCAUUGGCCGCUGGCCCCUAUUUCUUUGACAUGCUGUCAAAAGGAAUGCCAGACACCAUUUAGCCAGCUGAGAGUGUGAACCGUAGCUUCCUCAAUGGCUCUGAUCCCCUUGCAGGGGAACUUGGGGAACAGAACCAUUGGGUCAGGAAUGUUGUUGUGUAACAUCCAGGCAGUACUGUCAGGAAGUGGGGCAAUAAGAGUCAUAUGUGCCUGGGGUUCAUGCCUCCCUCCUCCCAGGUGUGUCACCCAUGGAUGACAUGCAAAAAGCAAGUGCUGAGCCCUGGUCUGGGGAUAUAGGACCUCUUGUGUCCCCAAGUAGCCAUGGCUAAGGUGCCUGGACUUGGCUGGACACCUGUGAUCCUGUUUGUGGCUACUCUGGUCCCACAUAAUGCUGGUUCCACUUCCCAUGCUGUGCACACUGGGGUUGUUGCCAGUGUGCCUGAGGUUUGCACCUCCUGGGAAGUGGCAGCACAGUGCACCCCUCCCUCGCCCCCAACUGCACCCUCCCAAUUCACUCCUGUAGCACAGUUUCCUGCAUUCUACAACCAUGACCCCAUGUUUCCCUCUGCCCUCAGAACUCUGCCACACACUGGGCAGAUGGAGGGGGGUGCAGGGCCAUUCUUUUAGGGGGGAUAACUUUAGCUUCUCCUAAGACGGAAUAGAGUUAGGGUGUAAGAUCAAAUCAUUAUACCACCAAGUUGGGAAGUUGCUCUCUGUCCCUGGGGUUCCCCAGAUUCUUGGUUGGCUGAUGGACUUCUGGAGUGGCUAGCCUUGUUAUGGAGGGUUGGGGGUGGGGAUAGGGUCACUAAACAAGACAUGGGUGUUUUUUGUGUCCCUGCUUCUCUUAACCUCCCUCCUUGCACCCACCUCAACUGUACUGUGAGCCCACAUGCUUUGUACUUGGCUGUAAAUAAAGAUUGAAUGGAAAGAAAA